UCAGUGAGAAGCACAGAGAGGAAGGCAUAGGUACGUGUGCAUGUGAAACUGCUACUUCAAGGUCCUCAGCUGUUGAUUUCAAAAGAAAUCCCAUAUACUGUUCGAUGACACGAGGUUUUUCCUUUUUUUUAAGAGAAAGUGCAGAUCGGAUCUUUCACUUUGUCCUAAUCUCGUAAACGCUGGACUUAUUCAGCGCAAGGGCAAUGGCAUCACAGAGGUGUUUUACCCUGCAUCAAUGCAGCAUGCGAGGUGUUUGAUCACACCGUAAAAGUCCAGUCGGAAUACACAUGUAUAUAUCCCACAUGGAUUAAACAUCUCAGAGAUGACUGGCAGGGGAGUGAUGUGAUCCGUGAACUGGAAAACGCGUUUCUUUAUAAUCACACGGAAAGGACCCGGCAGGACCCGACUCAUUGAUAUUGCAGGCAUACUUUCUGUCCUACUUGUAUACGCGAUAUAAUAUUUCACAGCCUGUGGCUCUGCGACUCCGAUCAAGGAAUGAAGGACACAAAUAACUGAUCAGGAAUUUAUUUCUUAAGAGGAGCGCUACAAUAAUUUCGUUUUGUGAAAGUCGGAUUUCGGCUAAGCUUCCGAUGAGAAAAGACGUUCAGUUGAAUUUAAAUUGGACACACAUCACCCCCGCCUUUAAUUGAAAUAGUUCUGGGAAAUGAAUUGAAUGCAAAAAGGCAUAUUUUGAGUAAAUUGUGUUUAAUUAUGAGCGGAAUGCCCCGUUUGAUGGCAGUUAGAUGUAGAAACUGUCAGCUCACGGAGCUAAUCAACAGGUCGAAAGCGUGAAAAGGCAUUGAAAAAUACAAGCGCUCAAGUACAAGGGAUGCAUCUCUCUGUGCCGUUUUUCCUGUUGUUAUGGGCUCAAGCCCUGACAUUGAAGAACUUGAAUUAUUCUGUUCCCGAGGAACAGGGACCGGGAACCGUAAUAGGAAACAUUGCCAAAGAUGCUCAAAUUGGACCCGGUGAGAGGGGAAAGAAGUCCAACUUCAGGGUGUUGGAGAAUUCAGCCCCUCAUCUUAUUGAUGUGGAUCCCGAAAGCGGACUGCUGUACACCAAACAGAGGAUUGAUCGAGAAACCAUGUGUAGGCGGAACCCCAAGUGCCAGCUCUCUCUGGAAGUGUUUGCCAACGACAAGGAGAUCUGCAUGAUUAAAGUGGAAAUACAGGACAUAAACGACAACUCGCCGAGCUUCCCGUCUGAUCAGAUCGACAUUGACAUAGCCGAGAACGCGGCUCCAGGCACCCGUUUCCCGCUAACAAGCGCUCACGACCCAGACUCCGGGGAGAACGGCUUAAAAACAUACCAGAUCACGCGGGACGAUUACAACUUGUUUUCUCUGGAUGUGAAAUCGAGAGGAGAUGGCACUAAAUUCCCAGAGUUAGUUAUUCAGAGACCUUUAGACAGGGAGGAGCGGAGCCAUCAUACACUCAUACUGACAGCAACUGAUGGAGGGGAAUAUCCAAGAUCUGGGACAAUGCAAAUUAAUGUCAAGGUUAUCGACUCCAAUGACAACAGUCCUAUGUUUGAGCAGCCGUCCUACGUGGUAGAGAUUCCUGAAAAUUCACCCCCUGGGAAAGUGUUGAUAGAUUUAAAUGCGACGGACCCAGACGAAGGCAGCAAUGGGCAGAUAGUCUACUCUUUCAGUGGUUACGCACCGGACAGAAUCAGGGAGCUGUUUUCCAUUGACCCUAGAACAGGUGUCAUAAAAAUUCAAGGGGAAAUAGACUAUGAGGAGAGUCCAGUUAUAGAGAUUGAUGUACAAGCAAAGGACCUGGGACCAAAUCCAAUACCGGGUCACUGUAAGGUGACCGUUAAGGUUGUUGAUAGGAAUGACAACUGGCCUUCGAUAGGCUUCGUCUCUGUUCGACAGGGAGCAGUCAGCGAGGCUUCCCCACCAGGAACGGUCAUCGCCCUGGUCAGAGUCACAGACGAAGAUUCAGGAAGACAUGGGCAGCUCCAGUGCAGAGUGCUUGGGAAUGUGCCCUUCAAGCUGGAGGAAAAUUACGACAAUUUCUACACCGUAGUAACAGACAGACCUUUAGAUAGGGAGGUGCAGGAUGAGUACAAUGUGACUAUAGUGGCCAGGGACAAUGGAAUUCCCCCCUUAAAUUCGACCAAAUCAUUUACAGUGAAAAUCCUAGAUGAAAAUGACAAUGCACCCCGUUUUACCAAAACAGUUUACCUGCUGCAAGUGCCAGAAAAUAACAUCCCGGGGGAGUAUCUAGGUUCAGUUCUAGCUCAUGAUCCUGACCUUGGUCAGAACGGAACUGUGUCCUACUCCAUUCUACCAUCUAACGUUGGUGAUGUGUCCAUCUACACGUACGUGUCUGUCAACCCCACUAAUGGUGCCAUAUACGCUCUAAGAUCGUUUAAUUAUGAGCAGACAAAAUACUUUGAGUUUAAGGUCCUGGCAAAGGAUUCAGGAUCUCCUCACCUGGAGAGCAAUGCCACAGUGAGAGUCAGUGUCCUGGACGUCAAUGACAAUGCUCCAGUCAUCGUCUUGCCCCUGCUGCAAAAUGACACGGCAGAAAUCCAUGUCCCCAGGAAUGUGGGGGUGGGACAUAUCAUCACCACAGUGAGGGCGGUGGACAAUGACUAUGGGGAAAGCGGUCGUCUGACCUACGAGAUCUCGGACGGCAAUGAAAAGAACUUGUUUGAGAUAGAUGCAGUCACUGGGGAGGUAAGGACCAUCCACCCAGUGUGGGAGGAGGUAGCUCCAGUUGUGGAGCUUAUAAUCAAGGUAGUAGAUCAUGGGAAGCCAACCCUUUCUGCUGUGGCCAAACUGAUCAUUAAGACUUACACGGGACCUCUGCCAGAAGGUGAACCUCGAAUCAACGAGGAGCAGAAUAACUGGGACAUGUCUUUGCCCCUCAUCGUUACUCUCAGUAUCAUUUCUGUUAUGCUAUUGGCAGCCAUGAUUACCAUCGCCAUCAAAUGUAAGCGGGAAAACAAAGAGAUCAGGACCUACAACUGCAGAAUCGCAGAGUACUCUCACCCUCAGCUGGGCAAGAACAAGAAGAAGAAGAUCAAUAAGAACGACAUCAUGCUGGUUCAGAGUGAGGUGGAGGAGAGGGAUGCCAUGAACGUCAUGAACGUGGUGAGCAGCCCCUCCCUCGCCACGUCCCCCGUGUAUUUUGACUACCAGACACGCCUGCCGCUGAGCUCCCCCAGGUCAGAGGUCAUGUACCUAAAGCCCGCCGCCAGCAACCUGACUGUUCCUCAAGGACACGCUGUGGGCUGCCAAAGCAGCUUUACCGGCCCAGCUAGCAGCAGCACAGAGUCCCAGCCUAGCAGGAUGUCAAUAAUCCAGACAGACAAUUUUCCCGCAGAGCCCAAUUACUUGGGCAGCAGGCAGCAGUUUGUUCAAAGCAGCUCUACAUUCAAGGAUCCUGAGCGAGCGAGCCUUAGAGACAGUGGGCAUGGUGACAGUGACCAGGCUGAUAGUGACCAGGACACUAAUAAAGGGUCCUGCUGUGACAUGUCUGCCAAGGAUACCCUCAAGAUGAAAGCCACCUCACUUAAGCCCCAGCAUCUUGCACAGGAACAUGAAGAGUGUGUUAAUUGCACAGAUGAAUGCCGAGUGCUAGGUCACUCCGAUAGGUGCUGGAUGCCACAGUUCCCAGGAACGGGAAACCAGGCAGAAGGUGCAGACUACCGCACAAACCUUUUCGUACCAGCCGGGAUGGAGACACUGUUGGAGACAGAGACCUGCGAGACCAUCAAUCCCAACGGGAAAAAGACAUUCUGCACUUUUGGCAAGGAAAGGCGUGACCACACCAUUCUGGUAGCCAAUGUCAAACCGUACUUAAAAGCCAAGCGUGCCCUCAGCCCUCUACUGCAGGAGGUUCCGUCUGCAUCAAGCAGCCCCACCAAAAUGUGCACGGCUCCCUGUACGUCCAGCCAAGUUCUCACAGACGGAGGUGAUGGCCAGUCGGGAAGCAGCCAGUACGGACCCCCGGACGGACAGUGCGUGUCACCAAAUAAACAGCUGAAGGACUCGCCCUAUCUGCCCCCCGACUUCAUGUCCAAGACCCUGCUGGACGUCGCGUCCCGAGUCGGUCAGGACUCGUGCGAGAUGGACUGCGUGCUGGAGCAGUUGGACCGUGGCACCUUUGAGCGGCGCCAGGAUGCUGCCGAUUCGGGCCAGGUAGCCCAGGACAUUGACAAGCUCUUGCAGGACUGCCAGGGAGGGAACAAAGCCACAUCAGUGCAGAAGUGAAGCUUAGAAAACUGCACACAAACACAGAAAGGGACAAAUGCUGGUAUUUCAAACAGGAGUGAACAGGACAAAGCCAUUUGCAGUUAGAGAUGGUGCUGUCCGACA